AUAGUCCGAGUGUAUUAUAUAUCUAAACUAACCUUGGUAUUCAGGGGUCCCUUUACCGAAUCUGUCCAUCCCGUACUUGCUCGUAUGCACGCCAGUUGCAGUCUGCAGUUACUGGCGACCUACCACCCCAGAGCGGCCCGAUUCUAGAUUCCCCAGGUUGUCACUUGGUUGGCUGCCGUCGACACCACAAGCUCUUGGGCUAUACUUCUUCAGCACAAACGUCAUUUAACCUCCUGGCGGAGUUUGCUUUCACAGCGUCGCAUUGGCCCCGUUUAAUGCCGCCCGGCUGGCUUCCCUAGUAACGACGUUUUGACCGAGAAGUAUCGCCGCAACAGGUCUGAAAUUCGGCCCUACCCGCUGGUUCAGUGUGGGAUACCGGUCAGGUGUCCAAAAGAGGCAAAGAGCUUCAUCACGAUGCUGCUGGAAAGCUUCGAAUAGAUUACAGAUUAGGUACAUAUAAGAACGAUCGAAGAUGGACGUCUUGCAGAUCUCAAGUUGGAGCAUCCUCUCAAGCAACAGUAGCUCAGUCAUACUGCCUAUCAUGCAAGGGUUCACUUCUCUGUUUCUUCUCGGCAGCGCUGCCUUCCAGACUGUCUUCGGUAUACCUGGUCUCUCCGAGCAGGUCAAACGAGACCCUCAUGUUCUCAAGAGGGCCGUCGAUAGCUUCUUAACCACUGAGGAGCCCAUUGCCCUUGAGCAGCUCUUGUGCAAUAUCGGAUCCGGUGGCUGCCACUCUUCUGGGGUAGCUAACGGUCUCGUCAUUGCUUCUCCAUCAAAGAGCAACCCCGACUACUUCUAUACAUGGACCCGUGACGCUGCCCUUGUCUACAAGGCCAUUGUCGACCGAUUUGCCCACAGCUAUGAUGCCACUCUGCAGACUCAGAUCCAGAACUACAUCACUUCUCAGGCCAAGCUCCAGACUAUUUCUAACCCUUCUGGUUCGUUCUCUGAUGGAACAGGUCUAGCAGAGCCUAAGUACUUGGUCGACGGUAGUCCUUUCACCGGUGGCUGGGGUCGUCCCCAGCGAGAUGGUCCGGCUCUUCGAGCCAUUGCUUUGAUUGGAUACUCCAAGUGGCUUGUUUCGAACGGAUACACCUCGACUGCUAACAGUGUCGUCUGGCCCAUCAUCGCCAACGAUCUCGCCUACGUUGCUCAGUACUGGAACCAGACCGGCUUUGACCUUUGGGAAGAAGUCCAAGGCAGCUCGUUCUUCACCAUUGCCGCCCAGCACCGAUCUCUCGUCGAGGGAAGCGCCCUUGCUAAGACUCUCGGCAAGACCACCUCCACCUAUGACGCUAUUGCUCCUCAUAUCCUUUGCUUCUUGCAGACCUUCUGGUCUUCCAGCGGCUACGCUUUGGCCAACAUCAACGUGAACAACGGCCGAACCGCCAAGGACGCGAACGUCAUCCUAGCUUCGAUCCACACCUUUGACCCUGCUCUCGGCUGCGACGCUGCUACCUUCCAGCCCUGCUCCGACCGGGCUCUUGCUAGCCACAAGGUCGUCGUCGACUCCUUCCGCUCCAUCUACACCAUCAACUCGGGUAUCGGCUCAGGAUCCGCUAUCGCCGUCGGACGAUACCCCGAGGACACCUACUACAACGGUAACCCGUGGUACCUCAACACCCUCGCAGCCGCCGAGCAGCUCUACGACGCUCUGUAUGUCUGGCAGAGCACUGGCUCCAUCACGGUCACCUCUACCUCCCUCUCUUUCUUCCAGAAUCUCGUCUCUGGUGUUUCCACCGGCACCUACGCCUCCAGCUCUGCCACUUACACCUCCAUCUACAACUCCGUCUUCAGCUACGCUGAUGGUUUCGUCGAUAUCGUCUCCAAGUACGCCUCCUCCAACGGCUCCCUUGCCGAGCAGUUCGACCGUGCCAGCGGUGCCCCCUUGUCCGCUCGCGACCUGACCUGGUCGUAUGCUUCCCUCCUGACCGUCGCUGCCCGACGUGCCGGUGUCGUUCCGGCCGGCUGGGGAUCCGGUUCUGCCGCUACCUCGGUUCCCGGCAGCUGCGCAGCGACCUCGAUCAGGGGCACCUACUCCGUUGCCCCUACCCCUACUUUCCCCCCCAACCAGACGCCCAUCGGCAACGGCACUGUCCCUACCUCCACCUUCACCAUCCCUACUGCUACCACCACCGGCGGCGGUUGUACUGCCGCUACGGCCGUCGCCGUGACAUUCCAGGAACUGAAGACGACAACCUGGGGCCAGACCGUCAAGAUCGUCGGCAACGUCGCCGCGCUCGGAAACUGGGAUACCAGCAAGGCUGUCGCUCUAAGCGCCUCAUCCUACACCGCCAGCCAGCCUCUGUGGAAGGGCGUCGUGACUCUUCCCGUCGGCCAGGCCAUCCAGUACAAGUACAUCGUCGUGAACACCGACAACUCGAUCACCUGGGAGGCCGACCCGAACCACUCCUACACCAUCUCCCAGACCUGCUCCAGCUCCGUCACCAAGGACGUCGACACCUGGCAGAGCUAGAGGAAGAACGAAGAUAUGAUUUCACGAGAUUGUUGAUUAAAAUUUGGGGUUGCCCCCGUUAUUAGACUGGAGGAAAACAUAUGGCGGAGAAAAAUGAAACAUG